AUGACCGAGGCCGCAUGUGACGAUCCGGUUGGCCGUCUGAUUCUUGUAGGAUCGUCUGAAUAUGCAAUCGCAUUGACCUUGAGACCUCUGUUUGUCGCUAAUGUGCUUAGUCAUCUAUUCUCCUUGGAAGCCCCCGGAACAUUUCUUGAAGAUGCAGGUGCCAAGUUAGAUGUUGUGUCACCUCAACCUGUCAAUAUCUAA